AUGCAGAAUGUAAUGAUGAACCACCCAUCGAAUACUGUGUGAUCACUUUACCAAUCAGCAAGCUGCUAUAUGAGAAAUUGGUACAUUCAUCAUGGCAAUCAGACAUUAACUUUACAUUUGACGAACUAUGCAACCUCCUUACUAUGCAGCCACGUUUUUUUGAGAAAGAAAGAUUUGUCAUGUUCUUGAUGGUCAAAAAUCUUCUUAGUGACGAGACAUUGUAUCCACAGCUGAAUCGAUUCUUUGAAGAAAGGCGAAGUAAAGAAGAAAAUUUGUUUUUGUGUGAUCAAUUGAACUGGUAUGAAAAUAUAUUUGCUGUAUUCUGUGAAAACGGGUAUUUCGUGCUAGAAGAUCAAUUCAAAAAUAUAUUUGUGACUGCAAGCGAUUAUGAACAAAAAUGUAAGAUUCCUAUUCAUGUCAAAUCAAUAGAAUGCUUACCUUUUGCAAUUCCAGUUAAUUACUUGGCAGUUGAUUAUACAUUUCUACAAAACCAGUCUUCAGAGUUACCAAUCGUCUAUAAUGGAAUUAU